GCCACAGUUCAAACUGCUAGCUGUCAAACUCCGGAGUUAAGUUUUAAUUUUUACAGCACAAAUGUCUUUCUCUAUCAAAUAUAGCUGGCGUAAGAAAGGAUACAGUCGUUCGUAGUUGUCAGGAGGGAACAUUUUGGGGACUCUGGACGAACAGCUGAGCUGAGCAGAGAUGUCUUUACCUCCACAGAAAGCUUCCGAGCUGAAGCAGAUUAUUCACAACCAUCUGCUCCAGAUGGAUAUUCACGGGAAGAUCCGAGACGUGUUGGCAGAGAGCGUGAGGGACGACCCUGGGCCGGCCCAGCGCGCUCUGUCUGAGACGGACUUCCUGCACACUCUGCACCGCAGAGGCAUCAUAGACGACGUCAUGAAGGACCUCCACUUCACUCAGGAGGCAACCACACGUCCUGAGACAACAUCUCGUCCAGAGCCUGCAGCUCAUCCUGUUGAGCUGAAGAAAACCAGCAUCGACCCCUCCAGGCGCUGCCUGUACCUCCAGGUGCUCGGAGGCAAAGCCUUCCUGGAGCACCUCCAGGAGCCCGAGCCGCUGCCGGGUCAGGUGUGCUCCACCUUCACGCUCUACCUGCACUUUCGCAACCAGAGGUUUCGCUCCAGACCGGUUCCCUGCGCCUGCGAGCCCGACCUGAAGGAGGGCUUCCUCUUCCAGAUCCACAAAGACGCCGCAGGAGAGGGCAGUAAGAUGGUGGACGCCACCGGCAUGCUGUCCAUGUGCGACCCGGUUCAUCUGGUGCUGAUCAAGACUGACACCUCCGGCGAGACCGCGCUGGUCUCCUCCUACUUCCUGGACUGGAGGGCUGUCCUCAGCUCGCCCGGCGGGAAGACCUGCAUCGCCGUGGAGCUGAUGGGAGUCGGAAGCGAGUGUAAACUCCCCGCCGGGGUUCUGACGCUCAGCCUGGAGCUGUUCCCUCCUCUCUCAGAGACCCUGAGCCGGGACGUGGUCCGCACGCAGCAAUCGCUGGAGAGGCAGAGGACGGCCGAGAAGGAGCGGCUCUUCCUGGUUUACGCCAAGCAGUGGUGGAGGGAGUUCCUGGAGAUCCGUCCGUCGCACCAGUCCAAGCUGGUCAAGAUCUUUGCUCAGGAUGAGAACGGCGUGAACAGGCCGGUGUGUUCCUACGUGCGGGUCCUGCGCGCCGGGCGCCUCCUGGAGAGCCCCCGCCAGGCGGCCUGCUUCGUCAGCCUGCUGGCCCAGCAGAGGGCGCCGGUGGUGGGGGGCGGGGCGGGCAAGCAGGAGCAGUGGUGCACGCUGCUGGCGUUCCUCUGCACCGGGAAGGGGGACUGCGAGGACCACGCGGCGCUGCUCUGCAGCCUGCUGCUGGGCUUCGGCCUGGACGCCUAUGUGUGCGUGGGAACCAAAGGCAGAGGGACGCCGCACGCCUGGGUGCUGAGCCGCGGCGCCGACGGCAGCGUGACCUUCUGGGAGAGCCUGACGGCGCACAGGUACCUGCACCGGGCCGUCGACCCCGACGCGCCGCCGCUGGCCCCCCAGCCCAGACCCUCGUCCCCGUACCGCACCGUGGGCUGCGUCUUCAACCACCGCUGCUUCCUGGCCAACUGCCAGCCGUCGGACGCCGUGGAGCUGAGUGUCUUCGACUUCCAGAAUCCGUCCCGCUGGAAGGCCAUGAGCGAGGAGGCCCUGCAGUCGGUGUGCGCCCCCGGCUCCACCGCCUCGCUGCCCCCCCUGCCCCCGCUCUGCGCCCCCUCCCUGGACGCUGCCGCGGCCAGCAACCAGCUGGAGCUGGAGAUGCGCCGCCUGGUGUCCGAACACCGCAAGGACCUGGACCUGGCCACGGUGUGGGACGACCACCUGUCCUACCUGCUGUCCUCGGCGCUGUGGGCCUACGAGCUGGAGCGCUGCGCCGGCGUCUCCUGCGGCAACGAGGAGUUCCAGGACGCCGUGCGGAGAGCCGUGCCGGACGGACACACCUUCAAAGGCUUCCCCAUCCACUUCCUGCACCGCAACGCCCGCAGGGCCUUCUCCACCUGCCUCAGGUCUCCGUUCUGUGAGGAGAUCAUCUGUUGCCGUGGCGACCACGUGAGGCUGGCGGUGCGUGUUCGGGUGUGUGUGUAUCCUGAAGACGUGUGCGCCGUGUGGCUGAUGUUCGCGUGUAAAUACCGCUCAGUGCUCUGAGACACACACACACACACUCUCUCUCUUCGUUUUUUCACUGUGAUAUUUAUUUUUUACCAAUAAAACAACUUU